GCCUCAUUAUGCACUUAACCGUUCGUGUUCCGUUGAGAUUACAUAGGUACCUUACCUACCUAAUCAUCACAGAAGAAAUAGAUAGACUAUUUUAUAAUAAUGUGUUUUUACCAUUCUUUGAUUUUAUUCGCGACAGCGAUGCUCUUAUAUUUAUAUUGGUCAUUCAAAAAUGCGUACAAAUUUUUCGAACAUCGCGGUAUACCAUUCGUCAAACCGAGCAGUUUACUAUUUGGAAAUAUGGCCGAUGUCAUAUUCAUGCGGACAACUCUACCGGAAAAAUACGUACAAUUUUAUAAGCAACUUGCUCCGCAUAAAUUCGGCGGUAUUCUUACGAUGAAGAAACCGACUAUCGUAUUUCGCGAUCCGGAGCUCAUUAAAAAAAUUUUAAUCAAAGAUUUUGCUUCUUUCACCGAUCGCGGUUUUAAUACGGUGAGAAAAAUUGAACCUUUGAGUCACUCGUUGUUUACGAUGAAAGGUGACGAAUGGAAAACCCUCAGAGUUAAACUUAGCAAUAGUUUUUCAUCUGGCAAAAUGAAGAUGAUGUUUCCUAUUCUAAAAGAAUGCGGAGAAAAGUUAUCUCGUGUUAUUGAAGAAAUAAAUGUCAAUCGGACAUUUGAUGUAAAAGAUUUAGCGUCGAGGUAUACAACUGAUACGGUAGGAAGCUGCGUUCUCGGAUUGGGUUCGAAUUCUUUAGAUAAUCCUAACUCUGAAUUCAGAAAAAUUGGAGAGAAAAUAUUCGUAUUCAGAUACGCGGCAUUUUUUAGAAGUAUAUGGACGAAUAUGCCGGAGACAUUGAUUAAAUUAUUUAACAUAACCUUAAUCAAUCCAACAAUUCAAAAACGUUUCGCGAAAAUGAUCGACGACACUAUCAAAUACCGCGAGGAAAAUAACAUCUCGCGAAAUGAUUUCAUGGAUCGAAUGAUAGCAUUGAAAAGUCAAGUCAGUUCGCAGAUACCAAACGAUGUGGAAGAAGACAAAGAUCUUCAAAAAUUUGUUGAUCAAGUUGGCCAGAAGUACUUGAGAAGUAAUAAACAUAUAGACAUUACUAACGAUCUAUUAGCUGCUCAAGCUUUCGUAUUUUUUGCUGGUGGUUUCGGAGUAACUGCUAUUACUUUGAGCAAUAUACUGCUGGAAUUAUCACUAAAUGGCGGUAUUCAAGAUAAAGUUCGCCAAGAGAUAUUCCAUGUACUUUCCUCUAACGGAGGCGAACUGACUUAUGACAACAUGAAACAAAUGACUUACACAGAUAUGGUGAUUGCUGAAACCCUCAGAAAGUAUCCACCAGCUGCGGUAUUGUUUAGGGAAGCGGGCGAAAAUUACAAAAUCCCUGAUACUGAUGUAAUCAUACCCGCUGGCACAUCGAUCAUUGUGCCCACGUACGGAAUACAUUUAGAUGAAUUGUUUUACGAAAACCCUACAGAAUUUCGCCCAGAACGUUUUACCGCAGAAGAAAAAGCCAAACGAUCAAGUUGCACAUAUUUACCUUUCGGAGAAGGGCCAAGAAUUUGUAUAGCCGAACGAUUUGCCAAUUUGCAAGUGAAAGUAGGUCUAAUUUAUGCUAUCAAAAACUUCACGUAUCGCGUAUCACCCGAAAUGAAGCUUCCAAUGGAGUAUCGGAAAGUUUUUGGUUUAUUAAAUCCGGAAAGCGGUAUCCUACUGCAGCGACAAAAAUAAUGUGUUCAACUGUUUCUGUAGCUUUUACGUUAAUGUAUUUUAUAUGGAUAAUAGGUAGAUUGUAAACAAAUAAACGAAUAAUAGUCGAGUAA